AUGAGGACCCGCUCUGGAAGGUCGAAAUACUUAUGUCUUCCGUCGGCCAUGCCCACACGUGCCUCAAAGAGGCGAAAGUCAGUCAUAUCAGCGCACACGACGUUUACUGACAAGGUUCAGGUAUUUCCAGAGCCCCCAGGGGCAGGAGGCGCCACCUCCUCCAUCAACAAGAUAUUCGACAGCUAUCGAGACUCCCCGGAUGAUAACCCUGAUGGCAUCGGCAUUGAAGGGGCGAUGAAAUUUCUCGGCGAUAUCCAAGUGCAACUAGACGAAGUGACAUGUCUCGGCAUCGCGGAACUUCUGAAAUCGCCAUCGAUGGGCGAGUUUAGUCGAGACGGAUUCCUAAAUGGCUGGAGGGCUGUCGGGUGUGACUCCAUCGACAAAAUGGUCGCCCAUGCUGACAAUCUUCGAUCGCGGAUCCCGACGCAGCCAGAUCUCUUCCGUCGCGUAUACCGCUAUACCUUCCCUCUCUGCCGGAUGCAGGGUCAGCGGAACCUCCAAUUUGAGAUUGCAGCCGAACAGUGGAAACUAUUCUUUACACCGGACAAGGGCGGAGUCCAGUGGGACACGGAGACGACUCCAUGGUUAGACUGGUGGAUCGAAUUUAUGGAGGAGCGCGGAAAGAAACCUGUUAACAAGGACCUGUGGGAACAGGUUGAGGUCUUUAUGCGGAAGUCUCUUGACGAUGGGCGGUUUGGGUGGUGGAGUGCGGAUGGUGCAUGGCCUGGGGCACUUGAUGAUUUUGUAGUCUGGGUUCAGAAGAAGAGAGGGGAUAAUAUGGAGGUAGAGUGA